ACACACACACACACACGCAGGGGAAUGACUGACACAAACAGACGAGUGGAAUUUCUCAUAGCUAAAAGCUAAAGAAAAAAAAACCAAGGAGAACUUUUGUGGAGAAAAAACAAAACGGAGAGACUAUUUAAAAGAAAUAUAAAGAGAAAGAAGAAGAAGAAGAAGAAGAAGACUUUUUGAACAGGGCAGCAGCAGAAGGGAGGUGUAACGGGGGAACCUAGUGAAAAGAGGAGCUGAAAAAGAAAGAGAAAGAGAGAGAGAGAGAGAGAGAGAGAGAGAUAAGUAGGGGGAGAAAAGUAAACAGACUGAAAGCAGUGAAGACUUUCGGACGCAUUGAGACAGAAAGUGAAAAAAGCAGGGGUUUUUUCCAAACACCGUCUUCUGGAAAUCAGGUCCUGAGAUAAACAGAAGGAAAGAAGGACCUCGAUAUGGAGCUUAAAUACACUUUCCUGCUUUUAGGCCUGGUGCAGUUGGCGUUUCUUGGUGUAGCUGAAUCCUCCUGUAACUAUGGUUAUCAGGAGUUCAAUGGACAGUGUAUCGAUGAAGAUGAGUGUGGAGAAGAUCGUUGUGGUGAACACGCACUCUGUUUUAACACACAAGGGAGUUAUUACUGCCAGUGUGAGAAAGGGUUCAGAUCCCAAAACAUAGCUUUCACAGCCACCAGUGGGCAAUGUAUAGACAUAAACGAGUGCACAGUGAACGCUACCAGCUCUUGCCCUGAGAAUUCAGAGUGUAAAAACACCAUUGGUUCUUUCCAGUGUGUGUGUUUACCUGGGUUUCAGGAUAAAAAAGUAGGAUCUACUUACACCUGUGCAGACAUUGAUGAGUGUGUGUCAAUGCCCACUCUGUGUGGACAGCAUGGUGUGUGCAGAAACACACUUGGCACAUUCACCUGCUUAUGUCCCACGGGGUUUCGUAACCAAGGCAACAGCCACACCCCUUGUGAAGAUAUUGAUGAAUGUGAUGGGGCAGAACAUGUGUGUGGUGAAGUUGGCAACUGUUCCAACAGUGAAGGGAGUUUCUAUUGCCAGUGUAACCCUGGUUACAGUAACUAUGGAAACAAUCAGACUAAAUGCACAGAGUUGAACUGUAACAGACUCAACACCACAUCUGAAAAGUCUGUGGCCAUGAUGGGCAGUUUGUUGGAUCUGUACAUGACUAGUUGUGAGUCAUUAAGUGGUUCAUCGAGGGAACUGCGCACAGGAGAAACAUUACUGGAGAAUCUGCUGAAUGUGACAGGUGGUGUGUUAUCAGGUGGGAACCUAAACUCCAGCUCCUCUUUGAGUGUGUUUUUUGGAGCAGUGGAGAAUACAAUGAGGCUCAUCGCACCUCAACUCAACAAACAGACAACCAGGAUGGACAAUGGGGACACGGAGGCUUGGCUAACAGUCAGAAAGGAUCAGGUCCCACCCACUGGACCAGUCAUACUGGACGCGGACACUGUACAGCUUAACACGAGCUGGAAAACAGCAGUGGGAGCUAAUUACCCAGGGUUUGCUUUUGUGGCAUUGGUCAAUUAUAAAACCCUAAACUCCACCAAUGUGUCGCCUCCGGUGAGCACAGACACAGAAACAUCGCACGAAAACACCACUUACCUACUCAACUCUCAAGUGGUGACGGCACUCGUCAGUAACAAGGACACACACUCUCUGCCUGAACCCGUCACACUCACCUUCAGACACAAGAAUGCUGCAGAAGUGUCCAAGGGCCUGAACUUCAGCUGUGUGUAUUGGGCUGAGGCCCAGGAUGGAGGGGUGUGGUCAGGGAAGGGAUGUGUGAAGGCUGUGUUUAAUUCCACCCAUGCUGUGUGCUCCUGGAGUCACCUGAGCAGCUUCGCUGUUCUAAUGGCCCUCUAUCCCUUUGAGGACACAUUCGAGCUGGUGUGGAUCACACGAGUUGGUCUCACCCUCUCCAUCAUCUGCUUAUUCUUCUGUAUCCUGACGUUCUUGUUCUGUCGUUCCAUCCAGGGAACACGAACGACAAUACACCUCCACCUGUGUGUGUGCCUCUUCAUUGCCAACAUCAUCUUUCUCUUCUUCAUAUCCAAGACUCAGAACAAGGCUGGUUGUGCUUCGGUUGCGGCACUCCUACACUUCUUCUACCUUGCUGCCUUCUCCUUCAUGCUGCUAGAGGGAGUGCAGCUCUACCGCAUGGUGGUUCUGGUUUUCCACACCACACUCCACCAACUCUACCUGUAUGCUGUGGGAUAUGGUGUUCCUCUCGCCAUUGUCAUCAUCUCAGCCAUCGCCUUCCCCUCUGGAUAUGGCACCACACGCUACUGCUGGCUCUCUCUCGACAAAGACUUCAUCUGGAGUUUCUUUGCACCAGUCUGCAUCAUCAUCUUCCUCAACAGCUUUUUCUUUGUAGUUACCGUCUGGAAACUGGUCGAAAAAUUCUCCAGCCUCAACCCAGACCUCUCCAAACUAAAAAGACUCAGGGGGUUCGUGCUGACGGCUGUAGCUCAACUGUGUGUGUUGGGUGGGAUGUGGGUUUUUGGUUGCUUCCUCUUUCAGGAAGAGGGGACCCUGGUGAUGGCAUACCUCUUCACUCUGUUUAACAGCCUGCAGGGGGUGCUCAUCUUCAUCAUGCACUGCCUCAUGAGCAAACUGGUGAGAGAGGAAUAUAAGAAACUUUUUGGCAGAAUGUGCAAAUCACAGAAGAAGAGAUAUUCUGAAUUCAGCACCAAUCAGUCCAGUAACAGUCAGCGGCCUCUCCGGAGCGCUCCAAGCACAGGAGAAUCACAGAUAUGAAGACAGACACCAUUUCAAGUUGCAUUUGACUUUUCUGCAGCAGGGGGACUUGUAGAGAGACAGUAGAAAGAUUCAUAAGAGCGACGCACCUUUUCAGUCUGGCUAAUGGACACAGCCAUGGAACAACCCACCGAAUCUAUUCAGUCAAUGGGAACUGAUCUACCAGUGCUUAUUUUUUUUCAUCCAGCAAAACAGGAAGCGUUUAUGCUAAUUCUUCCACUCAACGAAUUGCAAUGGCUACUAGCUUUACAUGCAAGUGAACAAAAGAGAGAUUCUUAAGGUUACUAUUUUCACCAAUAGAGGGAAAAAUCGAAAUCAUGUUUAUUAUGUCCAUAAUAAGACAGAGGUAAGCUGCAUAAGAAUGACCUCUUCUUCUUCUGACCUCUUCCUAAAAAAUCUGUGAUUCACUUUCCACUCAUCUGUGGUUAAAACAAGAAAAGGUACUUUAUAGUGACAAAGAAAAAUCCAACAACAUUAAGCUUUUAACUGCUUAAUAAACAUAUGUAUUUAUUUUAUAUAAAAAAUUGCAAAUUUUACCAAGUUUCCACCCAUCCAACCGUUAAUUUGCUAGCUAGCUAAGACCCAAAAGCACAAUGAGGACUUGAGCCUGUGCUUUUCUGCUCCAUGAACUGUUGGGAAAGUUUAUGUAAAAUGUAUGUAAUGUUAUUAUAAAACCUGCAUCUUCUGAUUUUUUAAAUUGUUUUGCGUAAGUCCGUUCCUUGUGAGCACAAACCAGUUAAGAUCUUCUUAAAUGGUUUGUUUAUCAUGAAUAGUAUCUUUAUCUAGUAUCCGAGGUGCAGUAGGGUUCAACUAGAGUCAGCGUCAUGGGUUAGUUGUUGAGAUGAAGACGUACAGUGGUGUGCUUCAGUGGUGUCAUACAGUAUGAUGGAAUUGAAUAUGGUGUCAAAACUAAUUGAAUAAAUGAACCAAAUGCCAUGUGGGCAGGAUAUUUCAUUUUUGUUCUCUGUGAGGAUUUUCUUCUUUUUAAAUAUUAAGUUAAAUUGAAUUGAUUACUUUUUGAUAAUGGAUAAAAUUAAAUAUAAAAAAAGUUCUUGAUCGUGGACAUUUGGACCCUGCUGUAUGCACAAAGAAACUGAUUUUUUUUAAUCAGCGAGCACUUUUAUUCUUAUGUCUUGAGCUUUGUUUAUAGUUUUACAUCUUAUGAAUGUGUAAUUUACUUUAUAGUACUUUUUUAUAUAAAAGUUUUAUAUCUUUUGAUUUGUUUUUAGAUUUUGAGUAUUUUUAUAUAUUUUUUUCUUGCUUUGUUGCACCAUUGUGUUAAAAAAUCUUUUGAGGUUGCACUCUUAAAUAAGCUCAGGGUGACACAAGGCCCUGAUUUGGUACUGAUGCAUUCUCCAGUCUUAAUAAAACACACGAUACUGCACUUUCAUUGUC